CCGACGGCUCCUCUCCUCCCUCCUGGUCCACUCCCCUCCCCGCUCCUCCAACGCCAUCGUCGUCGCCUCGCGGCAUCCGCGGACUGCGCCGCCCGUGCGUGAAGGAAAGAUCCCUCCCCUCCCCUGCUCUGAGGCUUGGCCGCUUGGGGUUCCAGUCCAGGUAGAGGGCCACUCGGCGCGCAAGAAAACCACGCCGGCCCCGGCAGAGGCGGCGUUGUCUGUCUACCUCACUGCAUUGUAUCCUAUUGUUGCGGUCUGAUACCUAGCACAGUGAGGAGCAGACCAGCAUAGUCUCCAUCAUCAAAGAAGUUAAGGAUUGUGAUGGCACUUCGACGAGCACUGGGAUGGUCGGAAGGGGAGGUGAUGCGGCCAGAGUCAAAGCCCUGCUCCCGGUUGAUGCGGCAGACUGCUGGCAUCUUCUCUGUUGGUGGUGCCCUUGCUUUCUGGGUGCUCUGCCGCCUUCACUAUGGUCCGAGAAUAACGGUUCCAAGGAGUCUCAGGUGGGCGUCAUGCGGAGCAGUCUCAAUGAGCGCAACAUCAGCCCUACUUGUGCGUCUCUUCAGCCCGGAAUGUGAACCUCAGAACAUAGCAGCUUAUGACAAACCUGAAUUCAAGCCUGAAUAGCAUAAUCGACAUUUAGUGUUAGUCUACAGAGACCUAUGCAAGUUUUUAUUCGUGCAUCCUGGUAGUCUCUGGAAGAUACUUAUGCGUGAUGUAGCCUGCCCUGAAGGCCUACUCUCCAUUAUGUUUGUCUUACUGGCUACCACGGAUGAUAUAUUUAUCUCCGAAAUUAUGAGCUGGGUCUUUAUGAUCAACGUUGAUUUCUGGUAUAUGCUUGCCAGUUGAAGUAAUGUAUUACUGAAAUUGAGGAA